AUGAGCAUGGUAAAGAGCCUAGAGUGGCUGGAGCAGCGGCUGGCCGCGAUGGUGGCUGCCCAGGAGACUUCUCAGGCCUGGUCUGAGGAGGGACUGGCCACCAUGAAGAAGGGCAAGAGCCACAGCCAGGAUGAAGCAGGCUGCAGGACAGAGCUGAUCCUCACCAAUGGGGACUGCACCGACCCUACUAAGGACACCCCUGCCCUUGUCCUGGAGCCGAGCAGGAAGCCCAGCACUCCAGAUGCUGGGGCCCUGAAGAACAAGAGGGUGAGCAAGGGAGACCUCUCCAAGGAGGACCUGUCCUGGCCACUCACAGUCACGAAGGAGAAGGAGGUGCAGCCCCGGGGCAGUGCUGGUUGGGAGAGCAGCCUCAGGCAGAAGCCGCCCGUCCGACUCAUCUUCCAGGCGGGACAGACCCGGCACGAGAUGCGGAUCAAGGAGCCCAGCAGCGUGGAGGCUGCCGGGGACCUGCCAGCCCCCCUGCGGAGCUCCAAGCGCCGCUCGUCCGUGCCCGUGGCCACCAUCGACCUGACGGAGGAGGACUCGCGGGACUCGUCCCAGAGCAGCAGCACCCUGUCGGGCAGCAGCUCCCAGGAGGGGCAGAACGGCUCUGCUGAGCUGGGGGCCGAGGAGCUGGAGAGCAGGGACACGGGGGUGGCACUGGAGUACCAGGAUGGGAAGGAAUUUGGAAUUGGGGAGCUGGUGUGGGGAAAGAUCAAAGGUUUCUCCUGGUGGCCUGCGAUCGUGGUGUCCUACCGAGCCACGGCCAAGCGCCAGGCGGUGUCGGGCAUGCGCUGGGUGCAGUGGUUCGGAGAUGGCAAGUUCUCAGAGGUUUCUGCAGACAAGCUGGUGGGACUGAUGGCCUUCAGGCAGCAUUUCAAUUCCUCCUCGUUCAAUAAGCUGGUCUCCUACCGACGAGCCAUAUACCAUGCCCUGGAGGUUGCCCGGAGCCGCUGUGGGAAGACGUUUGCAGCCACCCCUGGGGAGUCCCUGAAGGAGCAGCUGAAGCCCAUGGUCGACUGGGCACUCACUGGCUUCAAACCCCUGGGGCUGAAGGGGCUGCAGCCACCCAAAGUCUCAGAGAACGGGGCCCUGAGGAACGGGACAGAGGAGGUGCUGUCCCUUGACCAGUACCCUCCCUUCAAGAGGCUGAAGACCAACCUCUGCAACAACAGCAAGGAGCAGCGGGUGGAAGAGGAUCAGACCAGAGAACAAAUGGUUUCUGAAGUGACAAACAACAGUGGGAGCCUCGAAGACAGCUGCUUGUCCUGCGGCAGGAGGAAUGCGGCCACCUUCCACCCGCUGUUCCAGGGCGGCCUCUGCCAGACCUGCAGGGAUAGAUUCCUGGAGCUCUUCUACAUGUAUGAUGAGGACGGGUACCAGUCCUACUGCACCGUGUGCUGCGAAGGCAAGGAGCUGCUGCUUUGCAGCAACGCCAGCUGCUGCAGGUGCUUCUGUGUGGAGUGUCUGGAGGUGCUGGUGGGGCGAGGGACGUCAGCCAAGGCAAAAGAGCAGGAGCCCUGGAACUGCUACAUGUGCCAGCCUCAGAGGAGCUACGGGGUGCUGCAGCGCCGGCAGGACUGGAACACCCGCCUGCAGGACUUCUUCACCAGCGACAAGGGACAGGAAUAUGCUGCACCCAAAAUCUACCCAACGAUCCCACCGGCAAAGAGGAGACCUAUUCGAGUGCUGUCCUUAUUUGACGGCAUAGCCACAGGGUACGUGGUGCUGAAGGACUUGGGCAUCCAAGUGGAGAAGUACAUUGCCUCGGAGAUCUGCGAGGACCGCAUUGCUGUGGGCACCAUGCGGCACGAGGGCAACAUCACCUACGUGCACGACGUCAGGAACAUCACCAAGAGAAACAUCGAGGAGUGGGGUCCCUUUGAUCUGGUGAUCGGGGGAAGCCCCUGCAAUGACCUCUCGCUCGUGAAUUCAGCCAGGAAGGGGCUGUAUGGUAAGGCUGCUCUGCCUCUGCAGGCUCAGGCUGUCUCCAUGCCACUUGUGAUGGGGAGGGCAGCCGGGUCACCUGGACUUGUAGCCCUGUGCUACAACUGGUCCCAACCCUCCCCUCUGACUCUCUCCCGUGUAGAAGGAACAGGGAGGCUGUUCUUUGAAUUCUACCACCUGCUCAACUACGCCCGGCCCAAGGCGGGGGAGGAGCGUCCCUUCUUCUGGAUGUUCGAGAACGUGGUGGCCAUGAGGGUCAACGACAAGCGGGACAUCUCUCGCUUUCUGGAGUGUAACCCCGUCAUGAUUGAUGCCAUCAAGAUCUCUGCUGCCCACCGAGCUCGCUAUUUCUGGGGCAACCUUCCAGGGAUGAACAGGAUCUUUGGCUUUCCCCUCCACUACACGGACGUCUCCACCGUGGGCCGCGGGACUCGCCAGAAGCUGCUAGGGAGAUCCUGGAGCGUCCCCGUCAUCCAGCACCUCCUCUCCCCGCUCAAGGAUUACUUUGCCUGUGAAUAG